UGGAAUAUCACGAAUUUGUUCUUGCUGCUUACUUCUUCAGUAAAACUUAGACAACAGUUUACUUCACGUUAUCUUUGUCUCAGUGUCGGUGAAGCCUUUAAAGCGACAAGGAAUAUAAAGUUCGCUGAAAGUUACAGGUGCUGUGAUCUAUUUUGAUUUUUUGACAUGUAAAGGGUAAGGUAUGACUUACUGACAACAUAGUGAAACACAAGGGAUAAUACAAAUAAAUGUCAUCACAUUGUACAUGAAUGUAAUGUAAGGUUUGAGCUGGUGCAGAUGCAGGAGGUCAGUGAGGCCUGCAGGUUGGAUGAUGACAUGGUGGAUGGAGACCUGGGUGACGGAAUGGGAGUCAGAGCAGCACCCAACUCCACAAGGAAGAAGAGCCAAAGCUUCACUAGUGUCAUACAGACACUGCUACCUGAAGCAGAGUGGCUCAGACAGAGCACACAGAUAGGCGAGGCAGCCUGGAUUCCUGGACUGAAAACUGCAGACACACAGCAGAGAGCCCGCUGGAAGCUGUCACAUGCUGCAGACUCCUUGGUUGCGCUGUCCAAAGACGAGCUAAAAGGCCGACUACAGGAAGCAACUGAGGUGAUUGAUGUUUUGUGCUGUGAGCUGGAGGUGGCACAUCGUUACCUUGAAGGCAAAUAUGAAGCUCUGAAGAUCUUACAAGGGAAGGCCAUUCUUGACAAAGCCACAAGUCACACUAAAAGUCUGUUGCAGAAAAGUGAGGAGAGGGCCAAAGCUCUGGAGAAGGAGGUGAACAGCUUACAGUGGGAACUCAGUUUCAACCAGGUACAGAUGAAAAGGUCACAGCAGUCCUGGGAGCAGAAAUACAGCAGAAUUUUGAGUGAGAACAAGACUCUGACUGAUAACAUGGAGGAAAGACAGAGUGAGAUCCAACAGCUCCGAGCAGAAAAUUCUGCUCUAAGUCAGCAGUGCUUGGAGCUUCUCUCCAUGUUCAAUGUGAAGGAGCAGAGAGCUUACCAAGGAACCAAACCUCAAUACAGUCCAGAGAGGGACGCAAGUGUUCUGGAGAUGGCAGUGUUGGGGGCUUGCCAGUGUCUCGGUGUUGCUGAAGCUUGCCCAUGCAGUCGGACUGCUGCUGCUAGCAGGAAGCAGCUCAUCCAGCUACAGCAGGAGCUGGAUGCUCAAUGUUCAAGGAGAGAGGAGGCGUUGAUGGUUGCUGAUGCUUUUCGCAUUGCCUUUGAACAGCAGCUGAGGAAACGAAGCGAGCACAUCCUGCUGCUGGCUGAGGCCAACAUCCUGAAGUCAGGCAGCAUUAACAGGAGUCCUCUAAACAGUGUAAGCCAGAGGUUGAGAGGAUUGCUACCUUCCAGUUUGGAGGUGAAGAUGCCGGAUGAUCUAUUAGAGACUCUCUACAGAUUGCUGGAUAUGCUAAAUGACAAGGAGGAGGCCCUGGCUCACCAGAGGAAGGUGAGCAUCAUGUUAGCCCACAGUGCUGAGGAGCUGCAGAAAAAAAUUCAUCUAGAUUCACACUACCAGCCAUCAGACUCGUCACAGUCCAGGAUCCCAUCAAAUCAACCACAAGACCCAUCAGAGAACCAGAGCCAGUCUCACCAAACGUCUGACACAUCAAAGUCUAACCACAAGCUUCAUCAGAGUCCAACAUCCAAGCACAUCAACAACUAGAGGUGUCAAAUUCCUAGCUUCAGCCAGGACAACCACCACGUCUGUCGAAGUCCAUGACUGAGCUGAACUGAAUUAAUACUGAACUACAGGAGCUUAAAUUUUACGAGAGAACCGUACCGGAAGUGCUGAGCAGAAGACGAGGGAAAUGAGAGACACUAUACGAGAGCAACACAAAAGACUUUUAUGCUCAUGAACUUUUUCUCCUGCAGGUUUAACAAGGUGUACACAGUAAAAAGCAUUCUGGUUACUUCUGUUACAGAAAUAUGUUUUUGACAUUGUUUUGCGGUUACUGAAACUUUUUUUUAUUGUUUCUAGUUUUCAUGUUGUUCCAUGACUCUGAAGCGAGGAAAAUAAAUGUGAUUGUGGACAUCA